GCCAGUAGAAGACUUCCGCGUCGGCGGGCGCCGCGCACAGAACACAAACGCACGCUGUCCGUCACGCUAGCCGUUUCCGUCGCUGAGCACGACAGGGACGCAACAGGCGUUCGGUAACAGAACGCGUCCCUCUCUACCAGGCAUUCACGAGACUACACGCACAGUGGUGUCUGCUAACGAGCUUCCUAUGCUCUGUGUGUGUACUCUACCGCCGUCUCCAAGAAGAAUCACAGCGAAGCAUGGCUACGCAAGUCUUCGAGCAGCAGCCGCACGAUGUCUUCAAGCCGGUAUCGUGGGACAUUAAGCUCGAGUCGCCGCAGACGACGCCCGUUCCUUCCACGGCCGCUGCCGCCGCGCUCAGCUACGAGAUCCGCCCCCUGACGCAGCAGGACGCCCCGCGCAUGAUCUCGUUCCUGCGGCGCCUCUUCUUCCGCGACGAGCCGCUCAACGUGGCGGUGCAGCUGUUGCAGCCGGGGGAGGAGACGUGCCAAGAGCUGGAAGACUACUGCCUGUCCUCGCUGCCCGACAACCUGUCGCUGAUGGCGGUGGACGCGGCGACGGGCGAGAUGCUGGCGGUCUGCAUCAACGGCAUCCACGAGCCAGGCGGCGAGGGGGACGGGGAGGCAGCGGUGGCGCAGUGCCCCAACCCGCGCUUCCGGCGCAUCCUGCAGCUGCUCGCCUUCGUGGACGGCCGCGCUUCGGAGGAGCUCGCGAGGCUCUUCCCAGACCCGGCGGACCGCCGCCAGCUCGAGGUUCGGGUCGUCAGCGUAGACACCGCUGCCCGCGGCCGGGGACUCGCCACGGCACUCAUCAGCCGCUCCAGUGAGCUGGCCAAGCAACACGGCCUCCCACUGGUACGUAUUGACUGCACCAGCCACUACACGGCACGCGCCGCCAGUUGGCUCGGCUUCGAAUGCAUCUUCUCUGUUCCGUAUGCCCAGUACGAGCGAGACGGGGAAGUUGUCUUCACACCCGCCGAACCCCACAAGGAGGUCGCUACCUGCAUCAAGAGGGUCAUCUAGUGCCGAAGCAACAGCAGCAGCAAAAGUAUGUCGGAACAAACUGGUGAAGAGUAAAGACAAAAUAGUGCUCAAUAGACAAAAUAGUGCUCUACACAACUUCAAGUAAAAAAUGUGCACAACGAGUGACUGUCCUCUAGGCUCCAGCUUAGCCUGAGCUCAUGCAGGAAUCCUGUGACGUAAUGCCUUGGCAGGCAGCUCGCUAUAAUGUAGUCCUGACUAGGAUGAAGAUGCAGGGAACGGUGGGGGCAAAGUAACCAUAAAGUGACCAUUCCAGGGGAAACUGGAUUUUCACUAAACAAUGUAUCCUGACAGAACCAAGCCUACACAUUCUGAAUGUACGUAUUAUAAGAUAUCCAGCCGAACAUUUUAAGUGAAACGGAAAAUAAUCACACGCGUUUCUCUGAACGCUUCCAUAGUGACCACUUUCCCUAUCUAACGGGAUAAUGUGGCCAAUGCCAUCGCAACAGGAUCCCGUUUUUGUUAUUUUGAUUUCAACAAGUAGUCCAGUCAUCUUGAUGCCCUAGUACAUGGAAAACACCAUAAGGCAGCAGCAGCCUGUUUUCAGUCAGCAAAUGUAACACAACAGAGAUGGUUUUACAAAAGGAUAGAACAAUGGGUGUCAGUUUUGUUUAUGAAAGGAUUCAGAAGAUAGUCUGAUUUGUAGCAAAAUGCAUGAUAAACGUAUGCAACUAACUCUUAUUGGGGAAACACCUUGGCCACGUAUCCUGACGAGUAAUGUGGCUACAUUUCCCUAGCGGGUGAAGACAUUAGUGGUUCACGGCUGCAAUCAUCGAUAAGAAGCAAACAACAAUUAACUACGUUUUUAGCACUGUUUAGAUAAGUUGUUUAUCCAGAAUGUAAAAUGACUUAAUUUACAUCAGGGGUCUGAAAAUCCGAAGAGAUAUUAUUAAAAAUUCUGGAACAAGCUUCCUCUGUCCAAUCAUUGGUAACAUCCAUGGUGUAUAUUAAAACUGGUUUGUCCACUCUUUGGCAGGUAGCAGUACUGAUCAGUCCAAAAAUAUACGAUAGACACUUUACCAUACCGUCCCCUGCUACUAUGAGUCCUGUAUGCAUUAGCAGAAAAUUUUGCAAAACUUCACUAAUGCCCGGCUUUGAUAAAUUUUGUACCAGUUGUCUACUCUCUGUCUUUGUCUCUCUCGCUCAUUUUCACUCACUCACACCAACAUACACUAACACACGGACAUACAGACACACACACACACACACACACACACACACACACACAUCUAGGAGGACUCACGUUCACAUCGCCAUGCAGCCAACUGCAUUCAGGGUUUACAUGUUUUCCUAAUACUUAAGACAAAUGCUGAGAUGAUUCCUUUGAAGAGGACGUGGCAUAAACAAACCAUGUAACAUUUUUUCUUUCAUGUAUUUCAUAUUAUAAGAUGUGGUUGUAUCCAACACAACAAGAAAAAACGUAGAGUAGACAUGGGCUCUAAGACUCAUACCUUCAGAACUGUGAACACUUGUUCAUCUUCGCUACUGUGAGACAUGUCUUUCCUACUAUGAAAGACCUGCAGAAUGAAAUAAACAAACGAGAACAGUUUCACUGUUACCCUGGAACAGCAGAAUUUCUAAUAGAAACUACAUGUUGGUUAAUUAUAUGAAUGAUUCUUUUAUGGAAAUGAUGUGGAACGCGCCGUAGAAUAUGUAUACAUAUUUGCAGGAUACCGGUUUUUAAACGGAAAUUCGUCCAUGUAAUAGAAGGAUUUGUCUGGGAUAAAUAAGUAUAGGUUAGAUUUAAAACUUGUUUUGCUACCUGUUAGACGUUUUAUAUUAUUGGCAUCUUUAGUUUGAUGCAUAUUGAAGUCCUUUUGGGGCCACUGUCAGUUUCAAUAAUGGGUAACAAAGCUAAGUCUUAUCUUAUGUUGGAGGUAUCAUUGUUCUUGUCCAAUUGUGAUGCAUUAUUUAUGAAGAAUUUCAUUAGCGAAUAUCUGUAUUGUGAUGGUGGAAUUAAAAUGUCUAACCCCUUGACGAUCAUGAAUGUACACCAUGUAUUGUUAUUACUGCUCGCUUAUAUGCAACCAGUGCUACUUUUACUAUUCAAAGGAAACUGCAAUCCAGUACUGUAGCUCUGCUAAAUAUUCCAUAUUGUAAUUCUUGCAAAAGGUAACUCUAACCACUGAAAAAAUAUGCACAAAAUGAGUUAUAUCGAGUUCAAUAAAAAUUAUGAUCAGUGUUAGUACUUACACAUUACAAUAAAACUGUGAUGAUUCUAGAAGAAAUUAGUUAAUACUUGCAAUAGCCAAGCGUGUAAAAGGAAAAUAAUUGUACAACAGAACUCAGAGAUGUUAGAAGACUGAUAACAAUUGAAGAGCACAGGAAAAUAACGUUCUUUGUCCACAUUAUCAAGUGGUUCAGAAGAGUAAUUUUAAAGUUUGGAACUGGAUAUUAAUGGACAAAAACAAUGAAUAUAAAAGUUAUUCAGAAGGACAUGCUAUUUACAUUAAAUUUAGUAUUAAUUGAGUGCAUAUAUAUUUAAAUGGUGGUUUUAUUGGAAUAAUGUUUAACGUUAUGUUAUAUACUUUUAUAUAGAGGAAUAGAAGAUAUUGCAAGUCAAACUAUAUUUUUGUAAAUGUUGUGUGUCAGAUUAUUUUGUAAUGAGAAACAAUGUUUGAAACAAUAAAGAUACUUCUUGGUAA